AUGUUUGCUCUAGCUGUAGAUCAUCAAGUUCUCUGGAAGUCAUUUGUGUCCAAAGAAUAUACAGGAUCCGCAAGUAUUCAUGCUGAUAGCGCUAAUUCAUCUCUGACGAACUACACGAGAACUAAGUACUGCAGACUGCAGCCAAGUUUCAGUACAACAGAUGAUAUCAUAGUCAGACAUAGCGACAUUUACAAAGAAUUCUUUACACUUAGAGUUCAUACCGCGUACGUUCUGAAGACAAUUCGAUGUCUGCCGAAAAUUCAAUUUAGUGGACUGCAGUCUGGUGGCGAAACGGGAGAGAUUAACAAAACAUAUCGUAUGUCGCUGUGGAAUACGAAACCGACCAUAUGCGAGACUGGUUUUUUUCAAGGAUGUGCGAAGUUCCACAGGAAACUGUUGACCACCGAUGGGAAGAAGUGA